AUAAAAGAACUUCUAUAAUUGACUUUUCACCUUUCAAUUAUAACAUGUGGUCUGCAUUUUCUAUUCUUUCCUACACCGCUUCUCUCACACUUCUCUCUCUUCUUCGCUCGUUGAAGAGGGAACGUGAACUUUAGGAACGACUCGAGAUGGCUAGUAAUCAAAGUGGAUUCUUUAGCAAUAUGUUAAAUAAUGGUGCUGAUCUUGAUGAAAUUCUUGAUGUGCAAACACAACAUGAGCCUGUCAUGAGAAAGAUUUUGUAACUCCAAGACGUGCACGUCAACAAGGAUUUACAAAAGAUGAAGACCUUUUAAUAAUAUCCGGUUACCUGACACAUCUGUUGAUCCAAUCAUUGGAAGUGGACAAAAGCAGGAUGCAUUUUGGAAAAGAGUACAUGAUUAUUUUUAAUGUUUUUGAGAGGCCUAUGGGAAGAAAAGCUGCAAAGGAAAGGCUUCGGAAAAAAAAAACAUAAUUCUACAUCUUCAGCUACAACAUCAGUUUUACAAGCAUGGAGAGAAGAGUAUGCUGAAAAUGAACGUACUAGAAAGGAGAGAGUUGAAAAACAACUAUGCUAUCAAGCAGAAUAUCUAGAGCUGGAGAAACAAAAACACACAGAAUGCAUUGCAUUCGAAAAGCAGAAGUACACCAAUAAGAUAAUGAAGAUGGAUACUACUACUACUACUACUAUGGAUGAGACAAGAGCAGCAUACUACAAGAAGCUUCAACAAGAUAUCCUUAAUGGUCUGAUGUAAGUGUUCUACAUUGCGUUGAAGUGCUUAUUCUCCAUAUUUUUGCCACAAAUGUUCGACUAGGUCUGCCUGCAAUUGGGAAUGAACUUGUUUAUUUCUCAUUUGAAUAUGUGUUUGUAAGAAUUCCAUGACAUUCGGUGUUUGUUCAUGAGACACGAUAAUUUCUAGACAUGAGUCAAUUGCAUCGUAAUCUACAUUCU